AUGACCAAUUAUCGAACAGAAUUACGUAUACCUGUUGAACGAAAUAAUAAAUCAAUAAUCAAUGAUGAUUACUUUACAUUUGAUGAUAAUUCAAUGUUAACAUUAAAUGACAAUUGGAAAUAUAAUAAUAGUAAUAAUAUAAAUAAUUGGGAUUCACGUAGUCAUCAUACAUCAAGUAAUGAUUAUAUUUCACAUGAUAUCCCAUGGAAUAAACGUUUACGUACAACUUCUGCUGAUCCUACAAGAUAUAACGAUGUAGAUUAUCUAUAUGAUGAUAUGAAACGUAGAAUGGAAGAACGUCGUAGACGAUGGAAUGAAGAAUUUAAAUUAUUGAAUAAUGAUAUGUUAUUACCUAGUCGAUUAAAAAGUUCAAAUGAUAUAUUUAGUAGUAGAGAAACAAUAAAUUCUCCAAAUUCACAUGAUAUUAUAUCAAAAAAUCCUUCAUCAAGUGGUUAUGAACAAUUUCCAGAUGGAAGUGUACAUUUUGUAGCAAAUUUUAAUCUUUCUGGUUAUGAUCCAGAAUUACUUAAAGUAUUUGUACGUGAUGGUAAAUUAAUGGUAGUAGCUAAAACUGAACAUAAUCAUUCUACUAACAGUCUUAAUACAACUAUAAAUACAAAUAAUACAAAUAAUAAUUCUAUAUCAUCUUUUCGUGAAUAUACUCAUUCAUUAAAUUUACCUCCAGGUGUAGAUGAUGAAAAACUUUCUGCUGUUUUAUCACUUAAUGGUGUAUUAACUGUUAGUUGUCCUAUGAAACCACCAUCAUUUUCAUCAUCAACAAAUUUACAAUCACUAUAUUCUGAAAAUUUAUCAGAUUCAUUUUGGAAUAAUCAUCAUCAAUAUUAUCGUCAUCAUUAUCGAUCACCAAUUAUAAAACCACAACAACAAUAUUCCAGAAAAAUCGACUUGAAAUCACCUAAAUCUAAUUAUUCUUCACGUUCUUCACAUUCAGAUUAUGAUAUUAUAUCACGUGAUCAACAAGACUAUCAAAGUCGUCAUCCUUCUUCUUCAAUUCAACUACAACAACAACAACGAAAACAUAGAUUUCGUUUAGAACUACCAAUUGAUUCAGAAUAUUCACCGGGAGAAAUACAAAUUAAAACUUUGAAUCGUCGCAUUUAUAUUAAAGCACGUCAUGAAGAACGAGCUCCAAAUCGUACUUCUGUAAGAGAAUUUUCUAAAGAAUACGAUAUUCCGGAUAAUAUUGAUCCAGAAAGUCUCACUGCUAAAUUUAGUAAUGGAAUAUUAUAUAUUGAAGAACCAAUUGUUUAA